GGUGAAGUACAGUGAAAUUUAAUCCGACAUAAAUUAUGCCUUUGGUCUCGGUUUUUAUCUGGGUUCAAUUUACAAUUCAAUUCAAUUUACAUUGUCGGGAUUAGUCUAGUUCGGUAUUUUUCCUCUGUGCUGGCUUCAAGAAUCAUCAGCAAAACAAAUUAUAAGUCAUUACGAUUUUUUAAAAUUUAAAAUAAUUGUAAACAAUUACCACACUUUAACCAUGGGUAUAGAAGCUUCGGCGUUAAAAGUUAAGGUCAUAUUUAAAUAAAUAAAAAACAUUUGCGAUGUAAUUUAUUAGGAAUUAUUAGGGUAAAUGAAAGAGGAUAUUAGUUACUUUAGUAAGUGCUGCGUUCGCGAAUCCAAUUCACAGAUUUGAGCAGAAGUCAAUAUAAAAUAGACAUAAACCCUAUUUUGAAAAUUAUCGAGGUUUUUUAGACUGUGGAAUUAAAUCCUGGAUUUAACCCACUUUUUCAUUUGCUCCACACUAACCAAAACUAACCAUUGUUAAUGUAAGUGUGCACAAAAUUAACUGCACCCAAGAAUCGUAAACCUAAUACGGAUUCUUGAUCUGCACCCAUGAAAAAUAGAAAGUUUUUCCACGUAGUGUUCAAAUGCGCAUACUCAAAGUUGCUACGAUCUCACAGACAUUUCUCUCGUAGCAAAGCGACGCGAAGCCACGACAAUUCGUUCAUUUUAUUCAUCGAAAUUGGUGGUACUUAAGUGUUAAUAUGGGAGAUAAUUAUGGAGGCGGAGGCUACGGUGAUUUUUCUCAACCACCGCCCAGCGGAGGCGGGUUUUCUUCAGGAGGUUACGGCGGUUCCCAAGGUGGUGGAUACGGCGGUGGUGGCGGCGGCUGGAACCAGGGUAAUCAGUCUAGAGGUGGAUAUGGGGGUGGUCAAGGAGGUGGCUACCAAGGAGGUGGAGGAAGUGGCGGAGGUUACGGAUCUGGCGGCGGUGGCUUUGGAGGUGGCGGCUCGGGUGGUGGAUAUGGUGGAGGUGGUGGAUAUGGAGGUGGUAGAGAUCGGGGAAAUGAUCGAGGGGGCAGAGAUUUAGAUCGCCGAGAUAGUUAUGGCGGCGGCAACAGGGGUGGUGGCGGUGGUUUUAACAAAGGUGGUGACAAUCUUGUCGUUCAAGUCGAUACCAUAUUUGUCUCUGGCAUGAACACCGAUUUGGAUGAGGAUGACAUUGCUGAUCAUUUUGGCUCAAUUGGGAUUAUCAAGAUUGACAAACGCACUCAGAAAAAGAAGGUGUGGCUUUACAAAGACAAAGCCACUGGCUUGUCCAAGGGUGAAGCAACCGUAACUUAUGAUGAUGCUGACGCUGCCCAGUCAGCCAUUAGUUGGUUCGACGGUAAAGAUUUCAAAGGCUCCCUAAUCAAAGUUCAGUUGGCCACCAAAAAGGAUAAUUGGAGUGGCGGUCGUGGCGGUGGGCGGGGUGGUCCGCGAGGCGGGGGUGGCGGACGUGGCGGUGGUGGCGGAGGAUUUGGAGGUCCCAGACGUGAUGGAGGUGGUGGAGGAGGUGGGGGCGGUGGCGGUGGUGGUAGAGACCGCGAGGGUCGUGAAGGCGAUUGGAGGUGUCCAAACCCGGAUUGUGGCAACACCAAUUUCGCAUGGAGAGCCCAAUGCAAUCGCUGCAACGAAGAUAAGCCCGAGGGUGCGGGCGGUGGUGGUGACGAUCGACGUGGGGGGGGUGGACGAGACCGCGACGGAGGUCGAGAUCGAAGGGGUGGUGGUGGCGGAUUCCGGGGAGGUGACAGGGGUGGCGGCCGUGGUUUUGGCGGAGGGCGCGGUGGCCCCAGGGGUGGCGGCGGUGGACGAGGAGGCGGCGGAAGAGAUCGUGGAGGUGGAAGAGACGGGGGCAGCAGACCGAGACCCUAUUAAUUACACUAAGGGUAAUAUAAAAAAAGCAUUUAUUUAAAUUUUAAGAAUCGUCCAUCGGUUAUUGUUUUGGGAAGUAGUAUUAUAUAUUUUUUAAAAUUUGUGUGCGAUUUAUGUAGUACACUUUGUUCCUCUGAAAGAGAGAUGACAAGUGACACGUUGAAUGUUUACUGGUCUAAGAAUUUGUUUAUUUCAAUGAUCAGAACUGUGAAAGUAAAUACUGCACUGUCUAUUGAUGUUGCAAGCCCCCAUGACAUUGACAUUAAAAAUUAUGCUUGUUUAGACUGUGUUUUAGUUCAUCUAUUGAGGGUUACUUUAGGUGCGUUACUAUACUGCUGCUUUCCGAUUGUUGGACGAACUCUUUCACAGGAAUAGAAUAUGAGAACAAGAAAUUAAUUUCUCACUUAGUCAUGGAUUAAACAAACCUAUGGAAUUUAAUAUGGUUUUGUACAUUGUUCAAUCGCAAAUAAAUUAUACAG